UGUUUGAAGGAUCCAAGGAGAAUGUCCAGGAUUGGUGGCACCAAAGGCUGAGUUAUUUUGACAGCCUGGCCAGGUCAGCAGGUCCUUUGCAACCCUAGCUGUUCUAUGGUUCUAGAUUUACUAAACAACGACUGAAAAUACAUGCAGGAACUUAAUCAGUGUUUUCCUGUCUGGCAUCUGUGUUCAUCAGAACACUCCUGUUCAUCAAGAGCUGUUAACAGUCAGGUGCUGAACUGAAGAUGACACCUUAUCUAGAAGAGGCAUCUCCAGGCCAGUAAAAUGCAUUUUGGCUUGCCCAAAAGGGGUGGCCCUGUUCUCUCUUCCCGAAAUGUAGCUUUUCCCUUUUUCUCACUGGGGAGAAAAUUGAACCUUAUCCCCAGAAAUGCAAAUCUUUCUUUUUAUUUGGGAAAGACUUAGUCUGUCUGGGAAGACUGCAAAGCAGAGACAAUUUACAGAAAUAACAUGUUCCACCAGCGUCUAUAUGCAGGCACGGAGCCAUCUUGUGUGUGGCGGCAAGCCCGGGGGCCAUGUUGCGUGUGGCGGCAAGCCCGGGGGCCAUCUUGUACGUGGCGGCGCCCAGCGGCUCCGCCCCUGCGCCAGUCUCUAGCGGCGUUCGGAUUUUCUUGCCUAGAGGGCCUACUGCUGAGCGUGUGGCUGGAGCCGAGAACAGCUCUUUAUCUAAUGUCUUCCGAAAAAGUAUACUUUUCUACUCGAUACUAUGUGCCUGGGCUAGGCUGGGUGUGGUUAUGUCUGAAGAAGGAGCUUUCUCUCAAAGGGAGAACAACGUGCUCCAGCUGGGAGUGAAGCAGAGAGCUAGAUCUGACUUGGAAUGUUGCUUUGGCUGUUUUGUUUUCUCCUUUAUUCCAGCUUAUAGCUGGAAAGUUGGGAUUUUUUUUUGUGGGUUUUUUUCUUUUUCUAUUUUUUUUUGUGGCGCCACUCUGUUGUGCAAAGUGUUCUGUUUUCAUGCCCAAAGGUAAAAGGGAUGCCAGUAGUUGAAAACAAGUGGUGUGUAGACACAAGGUGUAGGGGGUAGACACAAAAGUGUAGGGGGUGAUGCAUGCUACUGGACCUGUUCUGUGGCAUUGCUGUUGUUGCAGAGUUGAAGCAUUGGUUUAGGAUGUGGAAAGCCUGAGUCCAUUUCCCCUUCAAGGGUUUCCACAGUUGCAGUUUUAGAGACCCUGGCAUCUCUGAGAAAAGCCAGUUCUUAGUGCACAAGCAUUUUCCUUGACACCUUGUGAAAUCUUUGCUUCCAAAGACUUGUAUGUACCUUUUUGUGGGAGGUGGCCUACUCACAGGAUCAUGUGGUAUCUUGGGUGGGAACUGACUUCUAGAGGCUUCUGCUUGAACCUCGUGCUCAAAGCAGCAUCAGACCAAGGUUCUUGGGGCUUUGUCCAGUCACAUCUUCCUGGCAUGAGACAGCACUGUCUCUCUGGGCAACCUGUGCAUCUCUUUGCUGUCCUUAUGAGGGAAAAGGCUUUUCCUUAUUUCCAGUCUGAAUGUCUCUCGAAGCCUCUUGUCUGUCAUUAUCCCACCAUCCACUGCUGUGAAGAAACUGUCUCUGUCUUCAUGUCCUCCUGUAGGUAGUGGAGGGUUGCUGUGAGGUCUGCCCUGAAGCUUUCUCCUCUACAGGCUGAAUGAAUGGCUUUCCCUCAGUCUCCUCUGAGGAGCUGGAUGAUCUGAAGUUCCUUUCCAGCCUGAACCAUUCAGUGAAAUUCUAGCUGUUAAUGAAAAGAAGAAAUAAGGUGGAAGAAAAUGUGGUUUCUUGGUUACUUGAGUUGAGGGCCACAGCCAGGCGGGGCAACACAUGGUGCUCCGCCCUGCAGCACAUAGGUCACAAUGCAGGCCAAGAUACAUUCCCUCCCUGGCCUGGGUGCUGCGUAACAGUGGGGCCCUCAGGGCAAGUAGUGUGCCCAGUCCCACAGGAACCAGGACUCUGAGGAGAGAAGAGCCAAGCAGCUUGUGCAGGAGCCCCUGCUGGGGCAGCUGGCGGUGACCAUCAGUGGUCAGAAAGACCCAGGCAAUGCCCAUGGAGGAAUCUCAGAGUGUCACCAUCGAUUACAUAAGUAGGUAUCAACAGGACCCCAGAGAAUGGCCUUGGGGCACAGAACAGGGCAAGGAGAAGCAGGUGCAUGGGCAGGAGGCAGCGGGGCUGCAGGGCUGGCACCUUUCUCACCCUGCUCCUGGCAGCAUCUUGGAGGAGAUGGACAGGGCAUCAGCACCCUGGCCCAGGGUGUGCUGUGGGCACAGCAGCCGGGGCAGGGCUGGAGAGAGGACCCCAUCUCUUCCCUCUACCUCCUACCCCUGCCUACAACUCUCCCCAUUCUUGCUCUUCAUCAGGUGUAGCUGCUGCUGCCUCUAGCAUCCAGUUGCAGGAUGAGGAAAAGGAGGCCCACGACUACAUCAUGGACUUUGUCAAAAGCACCAGAAGGGAUCAGGACUCAAAGAUGAAGUUUCUGGCCUCCAUCGACAUGCUCUGCAGAGCCUCAGUGCAAGGAAGGUACCAGAGCCCAACAUCCCAUGAGCUGCUGAGUAAACUGGAGGCACUAAUGCAAAACGAGACCUUCGACAGCAUGGACACCAUGAUGUGGCAGCAAGCCCUGCUUGCCAUCGCUGCACUGAGCAAAUACAGGGAAAGUGUGCUGUAUAACCACCUCUGCAAAUACAUAGGUGACACCUUCAGUUUUGUUGCAAGCGAGACGAUCAGCCAGUGUACUCCAUUCUACGACCAGAUCCUGAAAAACCCUUGA